AUGGGUGAAGAACUUUCUGGUUUGAGUGCCAAAGAUCUACCGAGCCUGGAAAACCAACUGGAGACAAGUUUGAAAGGUGUCCGGAUGAAAAAGGACCAGAUACUAAAUGAUGAAAUAAAAGAAUUGAACCAGAAGGGAAAUCUCAUACAGCAAGAGAAUAUGGAACUGUAUAAGAAGCUAAACCUUGUAGGUAAAGAGAAUGCAGAACUGCUAGAGAAGGUAUUGUCUAAAAGAUUGGGUGUGAAUAAAGAAAACAAAAGUUCCCAACCUCCAUAUACCAUCACUAAUGGAUAUGAUUUGCAAACACCCAUCCAUCUGCAGCUAAGCCAGCCACAGAAUCAAACUCAGCCUCGGCUUCAGAACAAUGAAAUACCAGCAAAAGGAAUCAAAUUAGGCUGUGGGUGGCUAUCUGUCAUUAUGCAGUCAACUUGCACCACAGUGAAAAGCAAUCUUCUAGGAGUGAGUCAUACUUACAGUAAAUGCAUCCAGCAGAGGUACCAGCAGCUUUGGUAUGAAAUGUUCCAUGAAACAAACUUUAGAAUCUGUGAUAGAAAUAGACAACUGCUCGAUGGUCAGUUAAGCAGCCAUCUGUUAUCCUAA